AUCUGGGAUCUGAAUGCAGGGAAGCUGCUUGCUGAACUCACUCUUCACAAAGGCCCAGUUAAUACUGUUGAGUUUCAUCCAUCAGACCUGUUGCUAGCUUCGGGCAGCAGUGACAAAACUGUUAAAUUUUGGGAUCUAGAGUCUUUCCAGUGUAUAAGCAGCUCAGACCAGGACAAACAGCCUGUGAGGAGUAUACAUUUCCACCCUGAUGGCUCCUGUUUGUUUAGUGCUUGUGGAGAUACUUUGAAAGUUUAUGGAUGGGAACCAUUUAUUUGUCAUGAUGUCAUUCCAGUACAGUGGUCAGACAUUGCCGACAUAGCUGUUGCUAAUUCACAGUUGAUAGCAGCAUCAUUCAACAAAGCCAGUGUGUCUACGUAUGUAGUGGACUUGACUAAAGUUGCCCCGUUAGGCGUUGCAAGUAGAUCAGAACAUGUGAGAGAAACAUUACAGAGCUCAAGUGGCAGAAGAAGCUUCAUUUUAGACCCUCAGACGUCUUCCAGACAAGCCAGUGAGCCAAAACGUGCAGACACUCCCCCUGAUAAAAGUGACAGUAAUGAUGAUGAAAGCUCAGUGUCUCGAGCAGACAUACAGAACCAAGAUGACUAUCUGAGAUUCUUUAAAGAACAUGCAAAAAAUCCCUACACCAGAGAUAGAGCUGAACCAUUUCAGGCACCACCAGAAGAUGAGGAAACGGUCAAAGCGUCAAACUUCCAACCCGCUCCAGUGAGAAAGGAAAUAUCACCACCAUCUGCUAAACCUUUAUUACAGUUACAGAAGGUUGACAAAGCCUCUAUCCAAGCAGAAGAUUUUUUACCUAAGCAAAAAGCUGUGGAUGAAUUAUCUGAGAGAGAUGUGGUUGACGUGUUGGGCACAGGACAUAAUACAAUGAUCGCUGUUCUGGAGCAGAGGACCAGAAAUCUGCAACUUGUCUUAACCAUGUGGAGAUCAGGAAGUACCAAGACAGCAAUUGAUUCAACCAUUAGUAUGAAGGAUCCUGCAGUCAUGGUUGAUAUCCUCAAUAUUAUCAACACAAAACCAUCUCUGUGGGACCUGGAUUUAUGUAAACUGCUGUUACCUCAGCUCAGAGAUCUAAUGGGCAGCAAAUAUGAAAGUCAUUUUGUCACAGCUGCCAGUUCUGUGAAGUUGAUAUUGAGAAAUUUUGGUGAUGUUAUUAAAGUCAAUAUGGAGGAACCACCUUCAUCAUAUGUAGAUAUUACACGAGAAGAAAGACACAAGAAGUGCCUUGACUGCUUCAAUGUCCUUAGUUCCAUCAAAGCCAUGAUCAGAUCAGCACAGCCAGUAGCUACAGCGAAGCAAGCCAGCAUCUUUAAAGAGAUCAUGUUGUUAAUGGCACGUUUGGAAUGA